AUGAUGCCUUCCCCUGAGGAGUGUGGGACUGCAUCUGUUCCAACAUUGCUGUCACAUUCGUCGUGCGGUCUAUCUUUGGUCCUCCAGCCUGGAACUACUUCCCGGAGAUCUCUGUUGGGACUGCGGUCCCACCAUAGUCCCAUGGGCCCAGCCAGUACCGGAAGACAAGAAAAGAGACCGUGGGAGAGAAGAGGUAUGAUGAUACAGGCUACAUCCCAAGAGACUUUUACGAAAGGAGGAGUGGGAGGAGGAAGAGGAGUAGUAGUAGCAGGAGGAGGAGGAGGAGGAGGAGCAGAAGGAAGAGGAGGAGGAGGAGGAGGAGGAGGAGGAGGAAGAGGAGUGGGAGGAAUGGAAACUGGUGCUCAUGGAGGACGGUUACAAGGAAUAGGAAACGUGGUCUCUCCUGUUUUCGUUGGGGCUUCCCCGUCUUACGAUGGGGUGUGAAUAUGCAGUCUGUGGUACUCUGUACCCAUCUGCAGCUAGGGCUUCCGUGGGUGGGUAAUAGUCCGCUUUGGGUUUUAUCCGUUUUGUCAGUUUUUACCAGUUUUUGUCAGUUGCCGUCAGUUUUUUGUGAGUUUUUGUGAGUUUUUACUGUUUUUGUGAGUUUUUGUGAGUUUUUGUGAGUUUUUGUGAGUUUUUGUAAGUUUUUGUCAGAGGUACCCUGGGAGGCAGUGAUUUAUCCCCACUCACUGUAAACAGGGGGCGGUGGGAGAAAUAAAUGUGUGGUUGAGGC